UCCCCCUCCUCCUCCUCCUCCCUGCCCCCUGCCCCCUGCCAACCGGGCAGCAGCAUGCAGGAGAAGCGGCUCACCACCGAUCCUCCAGAUAUAACAGAAGAAGAAUUUGAAGAUUAUUUAGCAACAGAUGAAAUGCUUGUGGACUACUUCAAUGAAUUUUUGUGUCUUCCAACAUUUUCAGAAGCAAUUCGAUUUAAUAUUGAUUUUGGAGUGUUUGAAGUAGUUAGCAACACUCCUCAUCUCCUCAAAAAGCGACUGAAAAAAAUUCUGCACAGCCAGAAACCUCAAAAUCCCAUUUAUGAUGUUACGAAGAAGGCCGAGCGUGAUGGUCCUAAGAUGACAAUCCCUUCCAAAGAUGACAGUAUAAAUAUUCACUAUAAUAUUCUGUGUCUUGACCGUGAGCAAGGUAUUCGGUGGAUUAAGAAGGAAAGACUUCCAGCAUUUCUGAAAAGUGAUUGUUAUUUUGAAUACAGAUUAGCCAAACUGGUGUCGCAAGUUGAAUGGAGCGAAACGGGCAUAAAUUUCAUAAUAGAUCCAUCGUAUUAUCCCUGGAUUAUGAAAAAAACACCACCCCCUCCAUAUUCUCCAUGUGAAGAUGAGAAUCAAAAAAUUAUGAAGAAGUUCUAUGUCUCUCUUGGCGAGGCCACAUUUACUCAGACAAAGGAUUGGUUUUCAUUAGCAAAGCAAAGCCAGCAAGUAGUGACAACCUAUUCGUUGCCUUGUUGUCCGAUCAGCAGCCAAAUUCAAAGAAGUUUUUCAUAUCACUUGGAAAAUCCUGUUUUAGACAAUGGUAAUAAUGGGAAUGAUGUCAGUGAUGAUGAAUUCAACCCAAAUCAAGAACUUCCCAGUGAGAAGAAAGAGAACGGAAGCCUUGGAAUUGCUAAAUCAGGAGUGAUGAGUUCACCUCAGAGUAGAUCUGUAUGUGUGGAAGAUACUCCUCAUUCACUCCCAAAAGUAUAUUUAGGGGGAAAGCAGAAAAGUUCCCUUAGUAAAGACAGGAAAGCUGAAGUGAUUUUCUCAUCACAUGAAGAGUUUUUAAGUGCAUAUAUACACUUCAUUAUAAGAGCCUCCAUCUCCAAACUUACUGGAAUGCCAAUGGAAGAAAGUUCAGUCGAUAGAGAUUUUCGAUCACUUUCGGUCAGAGUGAUCCAGAAACCAGUACGUACUGAGUUUCCCACCUGUAACACUGGGCAACCACUUCAAUCAGGUGACUCCUCUGGUUUCCCAAGCCCAGACGUAGACGAGAACACUGAAGCCUUAAGUUUAAGUUCAAAAUCUGAAAGUAUUGGAGUAGAGAGCAGAGCUGACUGGUGCAUUGCUCACAGAAAAUACGAUAUCGGCACCAGAAAAGAAUUUGAGAGAUUUAAGAAGUUUAUGAAAGGGUCGUUGGGAGAGAGAUAUUUGUGGCUCUGGAUGGACAUCGAAAGAUUGAAAGUCCUUAAGGACCCUGGCAGACAUCAAAGACAUAUAGAUAAGAUGAGAAGAUGUUAUUUAGUGAGCAGCGGGGACUGCUACCUCACUCCGGAAAUCUUAUUCAAGCUGGACCUACUAGAUGGAUCUCUAUGGAAUGAAGCACAUUUAAGAUCUGUGCAGCAUGAGGUGGUGAAACCCUUACUUCAAUAUUGGGGUCCUAGAUUUUGUGUGACACAUUCAAAUACCAUAAAAAAUGCAAGUUCUGGCCUGAGAUUUUGGCACAUGCAACAAGAGAGACCAAGAAAGGAUGUUGAUCCUUUCCCACAAAUGGUGACCCUUUUACCACUAAGACCUAAGUCUUGCACCCCACGGAAAACGCCUUCUUAUUCUCAGAAGAAUGAGUCCAGGUCACUGGAACUGUCUUCUAAACUGGACAAGAAAUCUCGUAGAGUUAAAACGGCAACACAAAGAACAAGUCAAAGUCUCCCGGUUACUACUGGUCAAAUAAAAAACUACGGAGCUGUCAGUAAGAGGUCAAGGUUCUUGUCAAUAAGCAGCCAGGUUUCAAAUUUAUCAUCUUUUACGGACAUUUCUGAAUGUUUGAAGCCCCAGUUAGAUAGAAAAUACACCUAUACGGAAGAACCUACUGUUAAAGCAGAUAUAGACAGCAGUGCCUUGGGAGGAUUUGAAAUGGAAAGUUUGUUACAGUCUUUGUAUGUGGAAAAUAGAGCUGGAUUCUUCUUCACACGGUUCUGCGAGCUGUCAGGGAACAAGUUAUGGAAGAACAGUGCGUACUUCUGGUUUGACCUGCAGGCUUAUCAUCAGCUUUUCUACCAAGAAACCCUCCAGCCUUUUAAAGCAUGCAAGCAAGCCCAAUUUCUUUAUGCCACUUAUAUUGCUCCAUCGGCUGCACUUGAUAUUGGACUGGAAAAAGAAAAGAAAAAGGAAAUUUAUAUGAAAAUUAAUCCACCUUUCGAGGACCUCUUUGACACAGCAGAAGAAUAUAUUCUCCUCCUCCUGCUUGUUCCUUGGACAGAAAUGGCAAAAUUGGACAGAUGUACUUAUGGGGAGGUGGAGCUGGUGGAAGAAACUCGACAGCUGGACUCCAUGUACUUUAGAAAACUCCAGGCUUUGCAUCAGGAGACGGUUUCCAAAAAAGAUGAGGGCACUGCUGUUGCUAUCAGUGAUGUACCAGUCAUCUGCAUUUCUAAAGAAACAGAACUUUGGAGUAAAGUUCCUGAGGAGUUUAGGAAUUUGAACCUCAAUUUCUUGAUCCAAAACAAGAUGGAGUUGGAAUACUUCCGCCAGUUUCUUGAUUCUCAUUCUGCUAUUAUGGACCUUAUGUGCUGGACAGAGAUUGAGCAAUUCAGAAGAAUGCUCCACAAAGAUAAAGAACAAAGAGGGGCAAAAUCCAUAGCUAUUAAAAAUAAGUAUCUAAAUAAAAAAUAUUUCUUUGGACCCAACAGCCCAGCUACAAGAGCUCAACAAGAGCAGAUAAUGCAGUUAGACGGAGGCUGGGGAAAGAUUCUCCAUAAACAGCUGUCUUCAUCCGUUCUGCUAGAAAUUCAGAAAUAUGUAAGGAGGAGGCUAGAAAGCACGUGGUUACCAAUGUUCCUAGCAAACGAUCAAUUUGCAGCUCGUCAGAAAAUAAAGUUGCAGAUGAAGGAGGUGGCUGAGGAUCUCAUCGUCCAAAAACAUGAAAAAAAACUUGGGAUCUGGAAGCCCGUCGACAGUAAAUGGAUUUCUUCUUCUAAAGACAUCAUCGCUUUCCGUAAAGCAUUGUUGAACCCGGUAACAGCCUAUCAAUUUCAACGCUACGUAGCUCUGAAAGGAGACUUUUUGGAAAAAGGAGUACUCUUCUGGCAGGAGGUGCAAAAAUAUAAGGAUUUGUGCCAUUCUCAUUGUGAUGAUGCUAUCAUCCAGAGUAAGAUCACAACAAUCAUCAACUGCUUUAUUAAUUCCUCCAUCCCUCCGGCUUUGCAAAUUGCCAUUCCAGUUGAGCAAGCUGAGAAGAUUAUAGAGCAUAGGAGAGAACUUGGACCAUAUGUUUUUAGAGAGGCCCAGAUGACAAUUUUUGGGGUUCUAUUUAAAUUUUGGCAAAGUUUUUGUGAUUUUCGAAGCAAUUUAACGGAUGAGAAGAUUUUGAGCGCUAUAGAGAGAAAGAAAGAACAGAAGAUGGACAGGCUGAAAGGAAAACUUAAAGAUGACAAAGUCGGGAAGGAAGGAUUAAAAUCAGUAAGCAUCUCAGGAUCCAUUUUUACAGAAGAAACCAGUUACAGUGGGUCAUUUAUAGCCCGACAGGUGUCCUGGUGUUACUCAAAAUACAUUGAAGCUCUAGAGCAGGAGAGAACCCUGCUAAAAAUUCAAGAAGAUCUGGAAAAAAAGAGUGUUUCAUCAGGUUUCUCAUCUUUUACCACUAUGAAGGGUCAAGAUACAACCCACCUAACUGGUUCUUCAAGUAGUAGCGAUUUAAAAAUAAUCAGAACUCCUCCAUCACAGCGAGAGUGAGUUUCAGUGACUGGCGAUUCACUUGGCUUUAAUACCGUCCUAAUAAUACGACAAGAUUCUUCGUU